UGGAGACCCUACUCAUUUUCCUGAAGACAUUGAAGCCAUCAUAGACAAAAGAGCAUUGUUCAAAGUCCAGCUUAAGAAUAUAGCAGAGAGCAGUUCAUAUAGAGGACCGAUUUCGUAUGGAGUUAUUUCGAUGAUGAGGGAUGCAGAUAUUUUGAAAAUUUAUGAAGAACCAAAGGCAGAUGCUAAACGGCUUGAUGAACCAUCAGAUGUGGAGAAGACUGGAUCAUCAGGAAACAACUUAGCAGGAAGCACAGCACGCUCCAAAUCUGUUGAUGUUGUUGAUUUAGAAAAGGUACAUUAUUUGGAAAGAUUUUGAGGUUGCCUAUUCCCAUUUCAAAGAAAGAGAAAUAUUCUUAUUUCUAUACGCAUGAAUGGUGGCUUCAGGAAACUGUUGAUGGUGUCACUCCGACACAGACAAAAAGUGGAAGGUUGGAACAAGAAGGUGACACACUUAAAAGGAACUUGCUGGGGGAGUUUUCAAGCACUACCAAGAAGCUGAAGACGAAAAUCAAGAAAGAACCAAUAUAAAGGACCAGAUUAUGGGCUGAUUGGAUUGAAUGAAUUAUGUUUUUGUUUAAACUAUUAAGAGAUGCAUUUUAAAUAGUAUUUGCCAUUAACUCUAAUUUUUGCUUAACUUCCUAACUCUGAGCUUGGCUUUUGGGUCACUAAGCCUGUGCUUAUGUUGAUUUUUGAUAAUAUGUACUACGUACUUGGUAAUGGUUGGUAGGCUUA